AUGAGUUUACUAAAAUAUGAUUUGUUUUCUUCUAAAUUCUAUAUGAAUGUUGGAGGGCAACAAAUUAGGAAAGGUACUAUUUUCGGAUUAACGUUAUCGAUAUUAAUUGUUGGAUUAGCAACUUCUUAUUUUAUUUACAUUCUUGAACAAUACUUCACAAAUGGAAUAGAACCUAAUUAUAGAGAGUAAAGCUUCAUAUCUUAAGGAUAAAUUAAUAUAACUCUUGAUAAUAGCUUAUUUGGAUUUAGGUUUGAGUAUGAUGUCAAUAAAAGCAUCUAGCUAUUGGAAAAAUAAUAAAAUAAGACAUAUUUGGUUUUCAUCGCUCUCUUCUUUUACAACGAUAAUGAUUUCUAUUAAAAUAUUUAACUUGACAUAAACGAGUGCACAGAUGAAAAUCUCAAAGGAUAUUAUUGCUUGGAUUACAGUAAAGUUGCUAACUAUUCUCUAACACUGAGUACAAUAGAUAAUAUUUAGUCAUAAAUUCAAGUGUUUACUUAUGGAUGCUUAGACUUAGAUAAAUUAAAGACUACUAUUCCAGAUAAUUGCGCUAGCUAAACUGAUAUUGAUUAAAUAGUAAACGGAUUAAAUGCAGGUUAGAGACUGAAGCUAUUAACUUCUUAGUAUAAUGUAACAUCUGAAUUGAGAUAGAUUAAUUUUAGAAACUCAUUUAUAUAUACUACUGCUGAUUAAUAUAUAUUAAGUACUUUUAAAACAUAAAAGCAAAUAACUUAAAUUAAAUAAGGUUACUUUGUUUAAUCUUAAACUAGCUUUUCUUCUCCAAUUUAAUACGAUUUAUAAAACUAAGUCCUAGAUAGGCAAUACGCUUUGAAAUAAGUUGGAGAAGGACCUUAUUUGUAAAUUAGCAUUACGAUGGACGAAAUUGUAUAAUAAAUUCAAGUUUAGUACUCAACACUACCUUAGGUAUUAGCUUAAGUUAAUAGCACAAUCGCUGCAUUGAUGCUUGUAGGAAUUUUAGGAAAGAAAUUUUCAUAGAGCUCUUUGAGAAAUGAUUUUUUCUUGAUUUUAUUGAAAAAUGUAUUUUAAGAAAAAUAUUUUGAAAUGCUUAAAAUAAAUAAGUUUCUUGAAAAAAGAGAUUUAGAUGAGCAAAACUUGGUUUACUAAAAAAACUUAUCGCAACAACAAAUUGAAGAGAACUUGGAGAGACUUGAAAAGAACGAAAACACCACUAUCUUAAUUCCAACUAACAAUUACAAAUUCAAGCAAGAAUUUCAGAAAAAAGCUAAUGAUGAAGUUAGUAACACAUAUUUAUAUGAUGCCUGUUAAGAUGAAGGAAAGCAGAUAGACACAACUUUUACUGUAUAGAAAAAAAUUGACUACCAACAAAUUGAAGUAAGUUAAAAAGAAAUAUUUUCAGAUAAAAAAUCAACUACAGACUAAAUUGGGUUAAAUAAGGAAGAUAGCAUUAAAUAUUUAAACGAAAAAUGUAAUUUAAGUGUUGAUGAUUAAACUAGGUCUGUAAACGGAAGUAUGAAUUUAAGAAAUAAAAACCGAAAUGUAUGA